AUGCCCAUGAUGGAGCGAGCCGAGCGGAAACGAUUGGCUUACUCUGCAAUCGUUUUUCUGUUGUGUACCCUGUGGUUGGCGCUGUCUCGUGCCUUCUUCAGGAGACGGAGGGUUGGGCACGCCGCCGGAUAUAAUUACAGCUACGACAGAAACACCGUGUCAGGCUUCUUCAUCGGGUUCUUGGCCGACGAGGGUGAUGCUAAUAAUAGUUUUGCACCAACCAGUUCUUCAAGUUCGUUUUUCAGGACCUACGCAUGCAUUUUAUGCCUUUUAACCGUACUAGUGGCGUACGAGCGAGGAUUUUUCCAUCUGCUGAGAGCUGUAGUGCCGGCGGGAUUCUGAUCUUCACUGGGCUACCGGUCAGAUAAACUGCAGUCCCGGUCGUGAAUGGACCAGGCAAGAAGUUCCCAUUCCAAAACAGGAUCGAUCCCGAUCGAUUCAGAAAGUUCUUCAAUUAUUUGCUUCUACUUCAAUCAUUUCUUAUCAUAGAAGCAUACUUACAUGUGUAAGUGUAUCUAGCAAACGCAAAGAACAGCGAAAGAUGACAGGGUUGAAAUUUAGUGACCAUGGUGACAAAAAAAAUCAUUGACUGCGGAAACAAAGGACCGCCACUUC